CCGCACUCUCAGGUCUCCCUGGCGGACUCCGACUGCAUCAUGGAGGGCGAUGUGUUGAAGCUGGUCGGUCCCUUUUUUCAGACUUGGCAGCGCAAAUUUCUGCGUCUUUUUCCCAACCGUCUGGAGCUCUACAGCAAGUCUCGUGACGGCCUGGCUGUAAAGAAGGGCGUUGAGGUGAGUUGA